GGUGGCGCUGUUUCAAUGUGUCACUACUCUUGCUCUGGCGAGACCGUGUCUUCGUUGUCAGUCUACGUUGUAACUGCUGUGUUGUUUGUCACAUUUAAAGGUCCUUGAAUGUUUGGCGCUGCUAGUAGCGCCCAUUUAAACGAAAGUUGUAUUAUCACAGACGUUUGCAGCGAUCAAGUUAUAUCUACAGAGGAACACUUUAGACUGCAGCAGAGAAAAGCACGGCCAGAUCUUGAGCAACUGAUCAGACACGAAAGAUCAAAAAGUCAGACUUCCAGUGAAAGGGACUCCCCUCAAUCCUACAGCAGCAACGGCAAGAAUUCACCUGCUUACGGUAAUCUUGCAGGUUCCCAGAGUGAAGCCACUUACACCCAUAAGGCAUUUGCUACUUCUAGAGAGAUUUUUCCACAACCAGAAAGACGAGUGCUGUUGUCUACAUAUGGAACUGAGCAUCCCAGCACUUCUGCAAGGUUCCAGCAGUACGAUUCUUACAUCAUGCACUCUUUGACAACAUUUCCACGGCCCACUUCUGCCCCCAGCAGGCUAGAUGUAGAGAACAGCUCAGAAUGCAUAAACAGCACUUUAGAGUCUGAUUCAACUAGUUCAACAAGCCCAAACAGACUGCAGGAAUUUUACGGGAAACCUGCAAUCAAGAGAAAAGUACUGAGGAAACAGAAUGGACAGGUUAAUGUCUGUUAUGAAUCAGUCCAUAGCAAAGCAGAAUCAGAUGCUGCCAGUAAACUGGAGGAAAGACUCGUCAGAGUUCAAAAAUGUUCUGAAGUGUCAGACAUUGACCUGAAGACUGAAAUGGGGAGCAACAGUGAGCGAUCCAGCUUGAAUGAGAUAAGACCUCGCUCUGCUUUGAGAUCUGCAGAAACUGAGCGUGAUUCACGGCCCUCAAGUCAACCCAAGUCUUUUAUCCGGCCACAAGUGGAUCACCCUCACACAAGGAACUUAAAGAAAACUGAUCCUGUUUCAAAGUAUUUUCAGUACAAACAAGACUGGGAAGCUUUCAAACCACCUGGAGAAAAAGAGCGAAAGGGGCUGCGUUGGGGAAUAAGGGAACAAAUGCUGUACAAGAGCCAACUACCACCUAAGACCCAGCGCAUUUCUGUACCCAAUACUUACGAAGUGCCAACUCAGAAAAAAAGGUUAGCACUGAGAUGGGAAGUACGACAUGACUUGGCAAAUGGAUCAAUGCCACAGAAGAUUUUAUAUCCAUUUUAGGAAAAGUACAACUACUGUGCCUUGUACUGUAGUUAUACAGUAAAAUAACCACUGGUACUUGGUCAACAGUUCAUGGAUGUAUCUCUGUAUUGUCUUUGUAAUGCAGUGGAAGGGACCAUGUCUGCUAAUUUUGAUAUACACAGUUGUGUUAAUAACUGUCUUGUUUUCUAUGCCUUAACGUGUGUUUUUAAAUGUUUGUUUUAUCAGGUGUCAAUCUGUGGGAGACAUGAGUUAUUGUAUUUAUUGAAAUGCUGUACAUACAAAAUAAAAUGUUAUACUUUUUUGCUCCAGAUUGUUGCUUGUUUUUUACAGGGUUGUAGAAUACAUUUAAUAUUGUUUAGGGUAAGUCACUGUAUGGUAACUUGAAUGGGUAGAGAGGAGAGUAUCUGCAGUCAUGCUAAAGCAGCUUCUUUUCCAAAAAACUCACUGCAUCCAGGGUAAGUACCAGAGUUUCAUGUUUUAGCAUACUGUGAACAUU